CUCAACUUCUUUCUCUCUCCCUCUUUCUUCCUCCUCUCUUUCCACUCUUCUCUCCUUUUAUCCUCUCCUAUUCCUCCCUCUCCAUCUCUACAGACUACAUCCCCAUCACUCCAUUCACUGCCCUCCGCCCCAAUAUCGAAUCAUCCCGUCGGUGAGAAUUGCACCUUGAUAUCGCCUUUAUGCAUUCACCAUAGCCCUUCGCCGUCUCGGGCCUGCCCACUUACAAGAUCCUCUACGAUUCCCGCUUCAUUCUCCUCAACCUUCCAAAAUGCCUGCUCUCGUUAUCCCACAGUCGGGCUUGGUGUUGGAAGGCUCGCCGCAGCCUUCCAAGCCAGGCACUGCCGUCCCCAAUGUCUUCGGCCUGACCUUGAUGGACAGCGUGAUCGAGGAGAUGAUUGCUUGCUACAACAAUGGGAAACCCCUCCAAUUGUCCCUGGGGGAACAUCCCAGCUUGCAAUACGGAACCAAAACCCAACAUCUUGCUACAUCAACCGAUCCUUUCCCCCAAGAACUCUAUCGAACUUCCACCUCCGACUCCGAAUCCCAGUCGCGAUCCUCAAAUUCACUCGCUGUGAAGCCCCACCAGAUAAACCGUGUCUCAGCUGAGAAACCGCACCCCCAAUUCCUAGCCAUGUUUGCCCCCAAGGGCUUCGUCGCAUCCAAGAAGAACCCUCCGCCGAGCAGCAGGACCGCUCCAGCCGCCACCCCCAGCAUUGCUAAAUCUACAGAUGCAGCUCUGGCAGCUCUACAGAGUUCGUUGGCUUCAGAGAAUGCCAAGAAGGCGGAGAAUACUACGAAAUAUAUCAAGGAUGGCGUGGGCCUUCCCGUCCCCUCAGGACGGCGAGGCGGGCCGCCUGCAAAGGCGACGAGUAGGAGCAAGCUCCUCUCCCAGAACCGAUCUUUCUCCAGCGAUACGACCCGGUCAGGUCAGUCGAGCGGCACGGGCUCCCCCUCUCUCGGUCCCACCUCUGUCCCCCUCUCGCAACAACAAGCCGAGCAAGCAAAGGCCACCCGCAAGCCGGUCGUACAUUUACUCGCCCUCGGUCCCACGAGCGAGGAUGCUCUUCGUGAUAAGAUCCCACAUGCCUCGAGUAGCGAUCUCAAGCAAGCACUGCAGAAGGUCGGAGAUCUAAACCAGUCGACUGGUAAGUGGGAGCUGAGGAGGAAUUUCUACAAGGAGCUGGAUGUUUGGAGCUAUGACUACGAGACGAGCGACGAUCGGCAGCGGGCGAUUGACAACGCGGUCAAGCAGUAUGACAAGUUGCGACUGGGUGUUUCGGAGCCACAGUGGGACCGACUCCUGCCAAAAGCGGAGCGUGGUACGGGAAAGUGCUUGAGCAAGCUUCAAGCUCAGAUUGCGCAAGGCCCAGUUCAGAGAGCUCCCAAGAUCAAUGUCCAGAAGGCGGAGGACUCAGGCCGUGACACGUCUAAUGAUGGGGAUGAAGAUCUAUUCGGUGAGAAGAAGGACCCGAAGGCGAAGGGGGAGAGCACGGCUCGACCAUCGUCUCAACCAUCUGUAACGAAAACGAAGAAGGUCAGCGAGCAGGCAGCCCAAGCGAAGCGAUUAUUGUCGAAGACGAAACCUAAGCCAGCCCCUAUCAAGAAAGCGAAAGAGCCCAAAAAGCCGGCUGGUAAAGUCCUCUCAUCACAGUUCGUCAGUGAGUCGGAUGAAGAAGACGAUUAUAUGACCACUACAAAGGCGGAGCCGAACCCUAUGAAACGCUCACGUGAGGAUGAGGAAGAGACCAGCGACUCGAGCACCCCCCUGAGUAAGAAGGUUAAGGAGAGCCACAAUCACCGUGUCUCAGAUGCCAGCCAGUCCUCCCGGGCCACCACGACAUCAACAUCUUCCAAUUCAAAUAAGGCCAAGGGUAAUUCUCCGCAGAAAUCUUCGCCGCUGGCCUCCUCACCCCCGACCAACGCCUCCGAUAUCGAAAGUUACUCUGGUCAUACCUCUUCCUCGGCCUCCCCAGCACAUCCCAACGUCAAAGUUAGCCGUUCACCGAUCUACAAGCGCCACCAAAAAUCCUCCAGUGUCACAUCAUCGGUAUCCUCUAGCUCUCAAAGGUCCCUCAACCCCAAGGUGGUGGACCUAGCCAGAAGGUAUCGGAGUUUCUACCCGAAAUACGAGGCAUUGCAUCGGGAGGUGGCAAAUUCAGAAGGACGGAGAAAUAUCGAGAGGGAACAAGAGUUGCUGGACAUGCAUGAGCGGCUAAGUGAGCUGAAGAAGCAGAUCCUGGCCGGGAUUAUAGAUGUGGAGACCGCGCCCGCGUCUCUUAAUUGACGCAAGGCUGAGCUACGCGCCAGCCCUACGUAUCUCAUACCCGGGAGUUUUUUUUGUUUUGAUUUUACAGCG